AUGGAAGCAACCCUAGAUUUAUCCAUGAAAGUAAUCUCAUCAUGGGACUAUGAAACCUCAGAUAUCUCCCCAAAUACAUCCUUAUUCAACCACCAUACCCGUGAAGAAGUUCUAGAAUUCAUGCGAGCCGUUAAAGACCUCCAUGGAGUUCUUCUUUUCUACACAAAUUCCCUCAACAAUUCCUCCAUUAAUCCAUCACACAAAAAAAUAGCCUUUUGUCAAAACCUUCUUCGUAUUGCCAAAAAAAGACUAAGUAGUGAAUUUUACUCUCUUUUAAAAACAAAUAGUAAACAUAAUAUUCAUCAAUUUUCCCUUCAAUCAGAUCACCAAUCAUCAAUUUUUACUAUAUCAAAUCAAAAAACAAGAAGUAAUAGUAAUGGGGAUAAUUAUCCCAUUAAUACUACUGAAGAUUCAUCUGCCAUUGCUGACCUUAAAUUGAUUGCAGAUUGUAUGAUGAGUGCUGGGUUUGGUAAGAAAUGUUUAAAAAUAUAUAAACUUACAAGAAGAUCAUUUGUUGAUGAUGCACUUCUAAAAAUGGAAACUCGACGGUUAAAAAAAGCUCAUGUUCAGAAACUUGAUUGGGAAACUAUUGAUUUAAAGAUGAAAAAAUGGUUAAAAAAUGUUGGGAUUUGCAUGAAAAUAUUUUCCCAUGAGAAAUUAUUAUGUGAGAAUUUGUUCUCUUCUGGUACAUUAUCUUCUGUUACUGAAUCUUGCUUUUCUGAGGUUUGUAAAGAGGGUGCCCUAAUUUUGAUUAUUAUACCUGGGAAACUUGCGAAACACGCAAAGAAAUCACCUGAUAAAAUGUUCAAUUUUCUUCAACUUUAUGAUGGGUUAUAUGAAUAUACAUCGGAAAUUGAUAGAUUAUUUUCAUCGGAUUUGACAUCAGUUGUCAGAUUAGAGUUUACGUCUUCGUUAGGGAGGAUUUCUGACUCCGUCAAGCUGAUGUUGGCGGAGUUUGAAUCCUCCGUAAAUAAAGAUACAAAUAAAGCAAUAAUCCCAGGAGGUGGGGCCCACCCGCUAACUAAAUAUGUGAUAAAUUAUUUAAUUCAUUUGGCUGAUCAUUCAUCGUCAUUGGAAAAAAUACUGAUUGAUUAUCCGGUAAGUUUACAAUCGCCGUUACCUGAAAGUUAUUUCGAAGGAAAAACAUUAUCGUCCCCUUUAGCGUUACAAUUUGGAUGGUUAAUUUUAGUAUUACUCGGAAAAUUAGAUAAUAAAUCAGAGCUUUACAAGGAUGUUGCUCUUUCUUAUUUAUUUUUAGCUAAUAAUUUACAAUAUGUAGUAAAAAAAGUUAAGUGUACAAAAUUGUAUAACGUGUUGGGUGAAAAAUGGGUAAACAAACACGGCGCAAAAGUUAUACAAUACGCAGCGAAUUACGAAAGAAUGGGAUGGGGAAGAGUAAUAUCAGCAUUACCAAAAGAUCUAACGGUGGAUAUGAGUCUUGAUCAAGUGAAAGAAAGUUUUAAGAGAUUCAACGUUGAUUUUGAAGAGGAGUACCGUAAGGAGGUGGACUGGAUUGUACAGGAUACACAAUUAAGAGAUGAAAUGAAAGCGUCGAUAAUAAGAAAAGUUGACGCAAGGUAUAGGAAGAUGUAUGAUAAGUAUAAGGUGGUUUUGGCUAAGAGUAGAGAAAGAGGGAAAAUUGAUUCGGUAGUUAAAUUUAGUCCGGAAGAUUUGGAAAAUUAUUUGUGUGAUUUAUUGGAUGGUCAUGAUGAGGAAGGGGAGGAUGAUUUGCUGAGUAUAAUACCGCAGGGGAAAAGCGAAGCGACGUCGCAUGAGGUUAAGGAAAAUCCGGUUCUUCAACGACGUAGUCGACGUCUUCUUUUAUUGGUUCGUCAACAUCAUUAUUUGUAA